AUGGCGGCGAAUGCAUCUCACCUCGUCGGCACAGCCAACGGCUCUGACCAAGUACCCGAGGUCCCAACCUAUACAAUCAUCCAAGCAGACGGUAUCUACCCUGACGACGUCGUGGAACAAGAGAUCUUCACGGCAAACCCACCUCAUCCAUACAAGUUGAACUAUGUCUCGACGCCUCUGUUUCCUGUGGGCGCUCCGACGCCGAAACCCUGGUCGACCAUCCCCAAGGACCUGAGGGAUCAAGUGGACGGGAUCCUGGUGUUGAAAAUGGGCUUCACGGCCGCCGACCUUGAGUUGUUCCCAAAGUUGAAAGUUAUAGUCCGGAUGGGUGUCGGGUAUGAUCGACUGGACCGGGACGCAUUGGCCAAAAGAGGCGUCACUGUCUGCAACGUGCCAGACUACGGCACGGCCGAAAUCGCCGACCACGCGCUGGCUCUGGCACUCUCGCUGCGCCGCGGGAUCAUCCUGCACCAUGAGCGGCAGCGACAACCGUACGUCGCGCCGUGGAUGUACAUCGAGACGCCGCUGAUCUCGCGCAUCCAACAGCCGCAGGCGGUUUUUGGGAUCCUGGGGCUGGGCCGGAUCGGGACGGCGGCGUGCCUCCGCGCCCGCGCGUUCGGGUGGAACGUCCUCUUCUACGACCCGUACCUGCCCAACGGGGUCGAUAAGGCCCUCGGCAUCGAGCGCACAAAGGACAUCGCAGAGCUGUUCCGCCGCAGCACCACCCUGAGCAUCCACUGCGCCUGCACCCGCGAGACACGCGGCAUGAUCGGCUGGGACCUCGUCAAGUUGAUGCCCCGCGGCGCCGUGCUGGUCAACACCGCCCGCGGCGAGGUGCUGCAACUUGACGCGCUCGAGCGCGCCCUGCGCGAGGGCAUCCUCGCCGGCGUCGGCCUCGACGUCCUCCCCCAGGAACCCAUCCCGGAGGACGCCGUCCACCCCCUCAUCAAGGCCUACCGCGACAAGGAGGAGUGGCUCGUCGGCAGGAUGGUCGUCACCCCGCACACCGCCUUCUACAGCCCCCAGAGCUUCGUCGACAUCCGGGUCAAGAGCGCCCAGACCAUGCGCGAGGUCUUGAUCGACGGUCUGCAGAGUAAUGUCAUCACGCCGGAUAUGCUGUAG